AUGCUAUCCACCUCCCGCAUGGCGGCACUGGUUGCCCUCUUGCUUUCACUGCCACGCAUGACUGCCACUGUAGCAGCUGACUCGGAUUCUCUAAUUGCACGCUUACUACACGGUGAUUUCAGUGUCGACAGCAACACGCUUCCAAGCCUCCAUCUCGACGCGGAACAGCAACACGAUGACAGCGAUGCGGAGGGAAAUACGUACCUGUCCAGUUUCAGCGCUUUUGCCCGGAGCCUAAUGGGGCGAGCACCGGCCGGGGUGGAAUCGCUGACGAGCAACGUGGCUACGCAACUGAAUGUGGUUGCGGGGUCGACACAGGUUUUUGUGUAUGAGGUUCCGUCUAAUUCGAAGAAGAACAAGGGAAAAAAGGACGAAGCUGGCGAGUUGCGGCGCCGUGAAGACGGCGAUGCGGAAGUAGAGGGCAGUGAUGGGGUGGCGGUCGAAAGAAGUGGUACGGUUGAAUUUGUUGCCAGCGAACACAACAAGACCAGCAGGAUAGUGUAUCUGUCGGCAAACACGUGCAUACAGCCACAGCCGGUUGCGAAUGUGUCGAGAGUGCCGGGGGCGAAUUCGAGCGUGGAGGCACCACAGCUGACAAUGUACGUGUCGACAUCGUCUGCGAACACGUCGCCGGGGCCAAAGGCCAACGCGAACGAGCAGACGUGGCAGACAUUUACAGAGGGCGCAGUGAUGCUCAGCGUCAAUACAACGGGCGACGUGUACAUUGGGAUCUCGGCGCCAAACGUGUCGUCAACGCAGAUGACGGGCAUAUACAACUUUGAAGUGGCAGCAUCGGUGGACGAGUUCUACCACAGCUACGACAACCAGUCGGAUGCGAACCUGAUCUGGGUGGACAGCGAUGCGUACGCGUCACUGCUGAUCACGCACAACCUGACGGACAGCACGGACGUGGCGACGGACGACUCGGUGAUGGAGCGGCCGCCGUACGUGAUGUUUGCGCAGAACGCCAACGAUUCGUCAAUAAAUGGGGUGCGGCUGUCGUACUGCGGGCUGCAGACGUACGCACAGAUCGCAGCGACGAAGAACGGCAAGUUCACGAGCAUAGUGACGACGAGCAUGACGCGGCGGGGACAGGGCAACCUGCCGAAGCAGCAGUUCUACUUCAGCGGGCUGAACGCGAGCACCGACUACAUCGGCAUUCUGGCUGAGCUGCCGAACAACGGGACAGAGCAGGCGGGCACGUCGGGCGUGGCCGGUGGCGGAGGUCACAUCUCGCGGGCGACCAGCUUCUCGACCAAGGCGGCCAACGGCAACUGUGAGGUGGUCUUCAACCUGACGUUCUGCAACGAGACGGCGUACGCGGUGCCGAGCAACCCGACGCGGUUUGCGAACGCCAGCUUGCUGGCACAGGAAUACGACCAGUAUGCGUCCGACAUGUUUGCCGUGUUCGAAAAGGUGCUGGCGCAGAUCCCGUGUGAGGCGCCGUCCACGCAACGCUACUCGCUCGCACGCAACUGCACGCACUGCUCGGCGGCCUACAAGAACUGGCUCUGUUCCGUGGCCAUCCCGCGCUGUGCCGACUUUUCCGAGACCGAGGCGUGGCUGCAGCCGCGGGCCAUCAGCGGGUCGUUUCCCAACGGCACGUACCUCGAUCCAGCCAUGGCCUCGUUGUAUCCCAACAGCAGCGCGUACAACUCGUCGCGCAAUCCGUUCAUCGACAGCAACGUGGCGCCCGGGCCCUACAAGGAGGUGCUGCCAUGCGAGGAUCUCUGCUACAACCUGGCGCAGAGCUGUCCGGCCAGCCUGGGCCUGAGCUGUCCGACCCGUUCGUCGUACGGCUUCAACACGAGCUACGGCCUGCGCACCGGGGCCGACAACAACGGUGCCGUCACGUGCAACUAUCCAGGAUCCGCGCACUUCUACUCGGCCGCGCCAUCCGGUCCCCGGCUGCCGUGGCUCGCAUUCGCAUUGGCCGUUUUAGGAUUCGUGAUGAUAUGA